AUGAGCAAGUUGAUUGGAUUCAUCGUGUUAUUUCUGGUGUUGCUGUUAGACCUAUCGCCAAGUUUGGGGUGGAAAUGCGGAGGAGCGAGGUGUAAAGUAAACGAACAUUCCUCGAUUCCAGUGGACCUUCCAAGGCUUUGUGGCGACAGGAUAAUGGAUUAUUACUCGGCUAUUUGUGGUGAUAAGGUGUGGGCGAAAAGGGGACGCAAGAGAGGUUAGUAGCAUAGAGGGUCCCAAUAGGUUUUUUGGAUACCGGAUUUCCCUUAUUUAAAGUUCGGGAUUCGGGAUUGAAAGCAUGAGCGGGAGGAGGGAUACCAAAAAUUGCCCUCGGGAUUACUGGAUUGCACGAAAUUUGGGGUCGGAAUAACGAGAUUGGAGAACCUUACUGAGGACCCUCGGCAUACACUUUUAACAAACUAGUAUAUUAUUUAGUCGAAUUCUCCGUUUGCAAGGGAGAGAGCAUUCGGUUAAGGUGAUGCUACACUGGACGAUUUGCAAGGACACAAGCACAACACAAUGGUUGCAAUGUUUUAACGAUGUUGCAACAAUGUCGAAAUAAUGUCCUUAUAGCAAUGUACGCUGGCAGUGUGUUGGGCUAAAAAGCGUUGUUGAGAAUUGUCACGUGUAGGAUCACCUUUAAUAUCCUUCGGAGCUUUUUUACGAAGGGAGUGUUUAGACUGUAGCCUUCGCCUUCACGAUCUCUUUAAGGAAACUGCAUCCAGAGUUAACCUAAGGACCUCUAAGGAGAGAACAUGACCAAGACUUCAACUAAGAGCGACCGUUUAGAAAAAGUGUUCGAGGGUAAUUAUAGUUCUGCCUUGCUCCGUGUCAUGAUUGGUCGAAAAAUGAUCACCUGACCGUCUGGACUCUCGAUUAACCAAAACUAAAAACUGAAUUCGUACGUUUUAAUUUCCCGCGUUUGGGCUUCAUAUAUUUACUUUAAGGCCUGACUGGCUCAUUUGACAGAGUCCCUGCCUGUACUUUGAUUUAUGACACUGAACAGAAAACCGCUCCAUCUGACACAUUUCUCAACAACACAGUUAGCAGCAUAAGUACGUUAAGUAUGAUCGUCCGGGUGAACGUACUAGUCCUGAAUAGGACUUUUGUUGACAGUGAGCUGACGUUUCGACAACCUGUGCGGUAGUCAAUUAUCUCCAGGAGAGUAAAAGUGAGUUGUAAUACGUCAGUUGAUGUUAUCAAACUCUGAUUUAUUGACCUGAUUGGUCAAUUAAGUCGCGAUGUUAUUGAUCGACUGCCAGUUAAGCCGUGAUGUUAUUGGCUAUGAAAACUCGUAGUAAAUGUCAUUGGUGCGUUUCUUCAUAGCCAACUAAUUGACCAAUCAGAUCAAUAACGUAACCAGAGUUUAAUACCAUCAAACUGACGUGAUACACUCAUAUAUUUUGACUCUGAAGAUGACUACUACACAGGUUGUUGAAACGUCAGUCACUGUCAGCAAAAGUCAUAUUCAGGACUGCGUUCACCAGGACGAUCAUAAAUACUCAACCUGCAUAUGAAAAGACUCCUGGGUUGAAACGUUUCACACACUUAGCACCCUUGAGAGAAUCUGAAAAUCGCCAAUGAAACUCAUUAAGACCCUAUUGCUUGUAGGUAAACAAUCUUAUGUAAUAAAAUAAUGUUUUCAACAAAACAUUUGAAAAAAAUUGAAAUAACUCUCUCAAUCUUAAUAUCAGUUCCUCAUUGCAUAUAUGGCUGGAGGUUUAUGUCAUACUACCUCUUGACACCAGAAUCUUUAGAUUUUCCGGGUUUUUAAAAUUUUGUUUCUCCAGGUAUUUAGGACAUAAAUUAACGAAACUUUACCAAAAUUAAUAAGCUUCAUUUUUCGUAUUUCUUCCACCAGAUAUAACCACUGACUUAUUCAUUCAAGGGAAGCGAGAAGCUCAAAGCUUUCUCUCCUUUAGAAAGCAAAAGAGGGGCAGAAAGGGCACAGACGUUAUCGAAGAAUGCUGUGUUGAAACUUGUAGAAUAGAGGAACUCAAAGAGUACUGUUUUUAA